AUGCCGAAUUUAGUACGAUGCGCUCGCGUUACCUUGCGCUCGCGGCUCGACACACUCGGUGACGACGGUAAAUGGCCGGAUUCCGAGGUCGACUACACCACCGGCUGCGACGGACGCCGCGCGAACUGGCCCGCGGAGGACCACUGGGUCCGCAUCCGAACCCUCGCGGCCGCAUGGCAGGGCGGUGUACCCGGUGCGGAUGCGUACGUGAACAGCAGCAACGUGCUCUCCGCCGCGUCACGCGCGAUGGACUUCUGGUUCGCGAACGACAUGCCCAACCUCGACUGCCUCUACAAUGGAGGGAAAAAGAAGUGUCCGUGCGGCACCCCCGGCUUCUGGAACGGCAACUGGUUCCCCAACGUGAUCGGGGUGCCUUUGCUUGUUGGGGACACGUGCCUUAUGUUGGGAAACGACACCCUCUCGGACACGCAGCGCGCGAACUGCACGAACACCCUCAUGCGCAGCUUCGGCACAUUUGCCUCCGGCAGGAGCUUCGUCGCGGGCGCGAACAUCCUCGACAUCGCCAAGUGCGGGCUCGCCGCGGGGCUGCUCGCGGAGAACACGACCGGGGUGCAAGACACGUUUGGUCACAUCCACACCGAGGUCGUCGUCCACAACGAGGCGGUGGCCGAUGGGAUCCGUGCCGAUGGUAGCUUUGGACAGCACGACGGCAUCAUCUACAACGGCAACUACGGCAAGGACUACUCUGAGGACGUCAUCGCGCUCGAGAUCACCGCCGGUGGGACCGACUUCGCGGCGAGCGGCGAGAGCAGGAGCGCGUUCGAGACGCUUGUAGAAGGCAAUCUGUGGAUGAUCUACAAGAACAUCAACACCGACACUCUGCACUGGGACUUUAGCGUUACGGGUCGCAUGAUCUCUUUCGCUGUUUCCGAUGGGGAGACGACUGCGAGCAUCUCGAUAAACACUACCCUCCUUGGAGAGCUCGGUCAGCUCUGGGGCUCAGAUGUCAUCAGUUCCGCGGCAACCCAGCUCACCUCGAGUGCGAAAGACGCAAAUGUUGGAUCAUUGAAAGGGAACCGCAUGUUCUAUAACAACGACUACAUGGUGCAGCGUGGUUCUGGCUACGUUUCAACGCUGCGCAUGUACUCCUCGCGGACAUUGAACACGGAAUGCACCAACGACCAAAACCCCUUCGGCUUCCAUUUGUCUGACGGUACCCUGUACACCUACCUCGAUGGAGGCGAGUACGAGGACAUUGCUGGCAUGUGGGAUUGGAACCUGGUUCCCGGGAUCACGACCGACUACAACAACACCUUCCUCAACUGCAGCCAGGUUAAAUUUGCCGGCAAGGAGGCCUUCGUCGGUGGCGCCUCGGAUGGCACGAUUGGGGCCGCCGCGAUGCGCUACACGAACCCGUACACCGGCGCGCUCUCCUUCCAGAAGGCGUGGUUCUUCCUCGACGACGACGUCCAACACGUCAUGGUCUCGAACCUCUCCUCCGCGUCCGGCGCACCCGUCUUCUCCGUCCUCGACCAGAAGCGCCACUCCGGCAGCGUCGUCCUCAACGACCAGACGCUCUCCGCCGGCGGCAACUUCACCAACGCCCGCACGCUCUGGCACGACAACGUCGGGUACUCCUUCCCGAACGGGACGAACGUCUCCGUCGACUGGGGCACCCGCGCCGGCGACUGGGGCCGCCUCGGCAUCUCCGCCGCCGGCGUGCAGUCCGCGGACCUCUUCUCCGCGUGGGUCGCGCACGGCGCAGGCGCGGACGCCGCCGCGGCGCACACCGCGUACACCGUCUUCCCCGCGACGGACAAGGGCGCGUUCCGGGGGAAGGCGAAGAGGGUCGAGAAGGCGCUCACGACGGUGCGCAACGACGCGGGCGUGAGCGCCGCGUUCGACGCCACGCACCGGGUCGCGAUGGCCGUCUUCUGGGACGCCGCGGGCGGGAACGCCACGUUCGCGCUCGCCGGGUGCGGGGAGGUGACGGUGACGGCGUCGGCGGGCGCGGUCGUGGUCUACCGGGUCGACAAGGGCCUGCUCACGGUCGCGGACCCCACGCAGACGCUGUCCAGCGUGGACGUGACGCUCGAGGCGGCCGGGGCGAACAAGCUGCCCGCUGGGUUCAACGGCAAAACGAAGGUGACGGUGAGCGUGUCGCUGCCGUCUGGCGGGGUGGCGGGACGGAGCGUUACGACCUCUCUGGGCUCGAUGAAUUGA